AGCCGGCGCGCCAAUGACGUCACCGCCGCCGACUGCUUUCUGGGAGGCCGGAGUGGAAGGCCCGCGAGUUGGUCAUAAUGGCAGGUGAAGAAAUUAAUGAAGACUAUCCAGUAGAAAUUCAUGAAUAUUUAUCAACAUUUGAGAAUUCCAUUGGUGCUGUGGAUGAGAUGCUGAAGACCAUGAUGUCUGUUUCUAGAAAUGAGUUGUUGCAGAAGUUGGACCCACUUGAACAAGCAAAAGUGGAUUUAGUUUCUGCUUACACAUUGAAUUCAAUGUUUUGGGUUUAUUUGGCCACACAGGGAGUUAAUCCUAAGGAACAUCCAGUAAAGCAGGAAUUGGAGAGAAUCAGAGUAUACAUGAACAGAGUCAAGGAAAUAACAGACAAGAAAAAGGCUGGCAAGCUGGACAGGGCUGCGGCUUCAAGAUUUGUAAAAAAUGCCCUAUGGGAACCAAAACCUAAAAAUGCAUCCAAAGUUGCCAGUAAAGGAAAAAGUAAAAGUUAACCUUUUGGUUUUGAUGUACACAUAUUCAAAAAGUACAUAAUUUUUAUUGUUUUCCACAAAAUAGAUGAUGAUUAUGUGCCAUUGUAAGGUUUAAAUGUAUUCCAUAUUGAAUUCGCGUGUAAGAUUUGCAUUUUAAAUUUGUAAUGCUAAAUACUUUUCCCCCAGAAAGAUUAAGUUAUCCUUAUUGAUUUUCCUAUAGAACAUUAUGUGGGUUUUUUUUAACAUUGUGGUAUAUUUUAUAUUUAUAGUUUACUGUCUCUUGACAAGACUUAUUUCCUUAUAUAGGUCAAUUUUUCAAGUGCCAUUUUAUAAGCAACUUGAAAUUUAAGUUAAAUGUUCUUUGCAAACAUUUGUCUAUUUUCGAUGAAUAAUGAUUUUAUGAAGUAUGCUGAAGUUUUAAAUACAUCUGUUUUCACUAUAUAAUAUUAGGAAAGAAAGAAAUGACUUAAAUGUCCAUUUUUUCUGUGAAGUUAUUUCAUUAUGCUUUCAUGAUUUUGGGAAUUACUGCUUUUUGUGAUGUUUGAAGUAUCCAUUUAAGACUUUUAAGGUUAUUCUUUAAUUCUUGGUGCUUUGCCACUAUGUCCCAUUUAAAGUAAAAAUAUAUUCUCAUUAACUUUAGAUGGGAAAUGAGGUUGUAUAUUGAUGGCUGAAUUUUGGCAUAAUGGCUAUACACUAUCAAUAAAGCUGUAAAUGUUGUGUA